AUGGUAGAUCCGGUGCCUGAAGAGGAGAAAGGAGCCGAGGUUGGUGGCUCAGGAAGAGAUGGGACCGCGGCAUCCGUGCCCCCCGACGACCAGGGCGCCCAGCAGCCCGCGGCCUCUGCGGCCUCAGCCUCCGCGGCGGCACCCCGCAAGGCAGAAGCCCCGUGCGCUGCAGAAGGCGGGCGUCGAGAGCAGUCCCCGCUGCUGCACCUCGACCUCUUCAACUUUGACUGUCCCGAGGCCGAGGGCAGCCGCUACGUGCUGACCAGUCCUCGUUCGCUGGAGGCCUGCGCCCGCUGCGCGGUCAAGCCCGUGGAGCUGCUGCCGCGCGCGCUGGCAGACCUGGUGCGUGAGGCUCCAGGCCGCUCCAUGCGGGUGGCCACCGGCCUGUAUGAGGCCUAUGAGGCGGAGCGGCGCGCCAAGCUGCAGCAGUGCCGCGCCGAGCGCGAGCGCAUCGUGCGCGAGGAGAAGCGGCGCCUUUUCACGCCGUUGGGCGCCGGGGCCGGAACGACCUCGGUCUCAACCUCAGCCUCAGCCUCAGCCUCAGCCUCGGCUUCAGCUCCGAGCGCCGGCAGCAGCAGUAGCUGCAGCAGCGCCAGCCUCCCCGCCUCGCCGGCGGCUCGCAAGGCCUCUCCCAGCUCCUCCUCGGCCCGGACGCAACCUCCGCCCGCGGGGUCUCGGACAGGCCGAAAGAGCCACUCGCUAGACUCGCUGUCGCGCCGGCGUGAUGGCGCCCUCAGCUCUGAAUCCGGUGCGUCGUCGUCGUCCUACAGCGGAGAGAGCCUUAGGGAGCUUCGCUGGCCGCCGCGGGUCUCGACCCGGUACAGCUGCCCGGCGGGGUCGGCGUCCUCGGCUCCUAACCCUCUUGGCCGACCUUCCGCCCUGGCCCUGGUUCCCCUCACAGGCCGCAGCUUUAGCCUCGGCGACCUGAGCCACUCGCCUCAGACCGCUCAGCACGUGGAACGCAUCGUGCGCCAGGUGCGCGCCGAGCGAGGCCUGCGAGGGGUACCGGAGCGCGACCGGAAGAUCGCGGCGCUGAUGCUAGCGCGGCAUCAGGAGGAGCGCCUGCUGCUGGAGCAGCGCGCCGCCGCCCACGGCCAGUGGGAGCAGCAGCGCGUGCGCGCAGAGCAGAGGCGGGAGCGUGAAGAGCGCGAGAAGCAGCGCGCCCUGGAGCAGGGCCGCCGGGCCUGGGCUGCGCAGGUGGAGGAGCGGCGCGGCCGCCGGGGUCGCGAGGAGCGCGAGGCGGCGCGGCGGAGGCAGCAGCAGUGCGAGCGCAGCGAGGAGCGGCGGCGGGAGCUGGCCGAGCGCCAGGGCCUGCUGCGACGGGAGCGAGCCGAGCGCGUCGCCCGGGAGGACCGGCUGCGGAAGCUGCAGCAGGAGCAGAACCUGAAGCAGCGGGAAGAAGGUCUUAAGGAAGGGCGCGAGCGGGCCGAGCAGCUGCGCAGGGAGCGCGCCCAGCGCGCAGCCCGCGCCAAGCAGCUACAGGAGGGCCAGCAGCAGCGCGAGAAGCGGGAGGUGAGCCGCGUGGAGCGGGCGCGCCACGAGGCGCUGCUGCGGGGCCGAGCCCGGCAGCAGCAGCAGGAGCGGGAGGGCCUUCGGAGCUCCCUGGAGGCCAGCUUGGGCCGCGCACAGGAGAACUACGAGCAGUUGGUGGAGCAGCGCGCCCGGGAGCUUCGGGAACGAGCCCGACGGGAGGAGCUGCAGAGUCGGCGGGCCAAACAGGCCGUGGAGCGCAAAGAGCGGGAGCAUCAGGCGCACUUAGAGGCGCUGGCGCGGGCCGGGGAAAGACGCCUGCAGCACGCGACGCAAGUGGCCGAAGAGGCAGUGCAGCAGAAGGCCCGGCGCGUGGGCCAGACCCGGCUAGAGAAGGAGCGGGCCCAGCGUGCCAACAAGGAAAAGGUGGAGAGGGACGAAGACUGCCGACGGCGGGAACUGCUCCAGGCCAUCGGGCGCAAGCUGGAGCGCAGCGAGCAACUGUCGCGGGAAAGGCGUAGCGCGCUGGAGAGCGCUCGCUCCACAGCCCGGGCAUCCUUCCACGUCCGGGAGAAAGUACGAGAGGAGACCAACACACGCUCCUUUGACCGCAUGGUGCGCGAGGCCCAGCUACAUGCCAGCCUCGACCGAAAAUGACUUUGCUCUGCUGCUCCAGACAUGGCACACAGCCCAGAGAGGCCUCCUCCAGCCACUUGGACCAAACCGGGGGAUUCUCCAGUCCAGGUGCAGCACCUUGGACUCUCUAGGCUUCUGACCAAUGAGUCACUGAGAGGACAGACAUGUAGGACUUUUCAGUAGGCGCCCUUUAUUUUUAAAAACUUACUUUGUUUGGAGAUGACCUGGCACAAUCUUUGCCCACAUCCAUCCUUGCCAAACCUCCCUAUAUGUCUUUUGGGUUAGAAUGCAGAGUAACUGGGGGAAAAGGGAUUCCCCUUCGAGAGAGCAGAAGAGACUGCCUUCACCCCUGGCACCCCAGAUGUUCUUCUGAUAUUGGUGUUUGAGAGAACUUUUGGUUGCAGCAGCUGAGGGGUGUCCCUUUGGCUCAUCUCAAAGGGACUAUCUUUCAAAGUACCACAAUUACACAGCUCUUCCAAAAUGUCUGGUCAUGCACAAAUGACCCAAAAAACUAUUGGUUUUUGUUCGUUUGAGUAUUAAUCAGUCAUCUGAGCAAGUUUUCCUGUUAGUUCCCAAAGUUUUUCAGUUGAGUCCCUCAGUUUUCUAGUUAGACAAUCACUCUAUGGAAAAUUAUCAGUUUGUCUCUUAUUUUUCCUCUCAUUUUCCCAAGUGGCAUAGGAAAUGAGUUGAUUUGGUGAUGUUGCUUGGAUUCAUUGGAAGCCCUCAACCCUGGAGGUGUUGGUUUUCCAAGGCAGCAGCAUCCCACCCCAAGAAGCUUCCUUACAGGGUGAUUUCAAGGGAAGUGGCCACCUCCUAGGACAGGGCCCACUCCUGGCAGACAGCAGCUAUGCCUUAAGAAGCAGAGCUACCUUACGUGCCUGCACAGGCCAUUCUUGCCUAAGUCCCCAGCUCUGGAUGCAGCCUCAAGGCUGGGCCCUGGAGUUUGGCGUGUAUGAUUCCCUCUGUGAAGGAAUCUUCCCAAAUCUCUGAGGACAAUUAAUGUAUCCUUGGCUGCUUUACUGUAGUGUUGGAAGAGCUGGAAUUGCCUCAGUGUUGAGAGUUGUGCUCGAUUUUGCUAGUAGAAUAACUUCCCACCCCAGGCAAAAGAGUCUCCUCCUUACAUUCCUGAUACCCUUUUACCUAUGACUGAGAGUAUUUCAUCGGUCUCUUGGUGCCUCACUCUCCCCAUCUGCCAGAUGGGGCCAUCAGAACUCCUCUUCUGGUACCUCAAAGUCUCCUGGAUCCAAAGCACCACUUAAGUAUUACAUGUUGGUCUUCUUUGUGCCUUCCUUGACCUGGAGUUGGGAGGCAGGAGACUGCUGUUAGCUUAGUUUGUUUCUGAGAAUGUGGGUUCCAGACACUGAAUGGGGCAGUGUAUUAAAAUUAACGUCUGAGGGGAAGUUCUUGCAAUGCCAGGCCACUCUCUGGUUCAAACAGUUCAGCUGUCACCAGGUAAUGUUGUCCCUUAGAUAAAAUGUAAGAGAGUGUGCUUCCCUUUCAUGACGCUGAAAUUGGCCCCAGAUACAUCCACCCAUUGACUCUACCUUCAUCGUGGAAGGUGAGAAAUAAAACAUCACUUCUUAUUGCAUUAAUUCAAGGUCAGGAAAUUUUAGAAUUACCAAAAAAAGGAAACAGGGUAAAAGAAUUAUGCAGAGUAUUUCAUGUAUAUUCUGCUGGGAGAAUUAUCCCUAAAAUGACUAGUUACUACAGACACAUUCACACAUGCACACACGCUUCAUCAGCCCCCCUCCCCACCUCCACCUGAUCACAUGCUAACCUGUUGGAGGAGGAUGUUGUAGAAGGAAACAGUGUUUAAGUGUUAGAGUAAGAUGAUGUGAAACCAGGAAAGGAGCGGUGUACUAAGAUUUCAUUCUUGAAUGGAUGAAUGAAUGUCCCCUUAACUUUUUUUGUUGGUAACCAGGUUGUCAGUGAGUUGUAAUAACUGGUAUUGUCUGUGAGUCAGGAGUAUUUAACUAAAAAGUUCAUGUGAUUCUGGUUCUUACAUUGUGAUUUGUGAGUUGCUAAGGGCUUUGAAACCUUCAUAGAAAGCUCCACCCUCAAAAAUCAGUUACUUUAAAGUAUAUGCAUUUAUUUCAGGAGACAAUCUGGUUCUGGUUUUGUUUUUAAUAUAUAAGGCACUAUACGGUACAUAGGUGGUCUUACCUGGCCCUUUCCUAAUUUGUUUCCUUACUUGCUGAGAUCACUUUUCUGUGCCUUGGUUCCCCUGCCUGUGGGAUGGGGACUGUGAUUCCUGUUCUCCUUUUUACACAAACACUGUGAGGAUGAAUCAGAAUCUAAGCGAUAGUCCCAGUUACUGUACCACUUUUUUAACUGAAGGUGCAGUCCCUCUAAUCAGGAGGAUCAUGUGACUAUACUGUGACUAGAGAGUGUGAUGUGUUGUCAUGACCUGGUGCAGGAGUAGUCUUGAAAAGCACAUUGCAAAUUAUAGCGUGCAAAAGUGUUGGCCUGAAUGUCACCAAACUACAUGGUACGCGCUAAGAAUCAUACCAUGUGGAAAGGCAAAAACUUCUAUAUUAAAAAUCCAUAUAGCUGAGCAUAACGUAAAACAAAAAACAGAAGCCAAACCUAAUAAUAAUAAGAAUGGCCCUCCCAAAUUCCAGGUCAUCUAGUAGAACAGAGACUGACAUCUACAACUCCAGGAAGUUGCUCUCUGAAGAGGGACUGUUUUCAGAAUGUUCAUUGGUUCCUUGAUUUAUAUUCCCUUUGAAACACUGCCUGAGAGGAGAGGUGGUUUUUAAUAAAAGCAGCAUGAGAGCAUUGGAUGGGGCGGGCGGUAGGUGGAAAAUGGCUCCUGAUAUGCCUUCUGCGAGGCAGAGCUGUCCUUCCACAGAUUCUGGGGGCCCAGAACUGGCCCUAGAGCACCUUGUAGAAGUUCUUUACCACCCAGGGAUUGCAGUCUUGAAGCAGGCACAGCCCUUCACAUGUAUGCUUUGGAACACGAAGUAGUUAGGAGGAAUGGGAAGGAUUAGAAGAAACAAGCUGGACAAAACUAUUUCUAGUGAACUCAUUGGAUGAAACCAGUCUGAUGUCCUGCUCAGUGACCAAUAGCUAAACCAAUCACAUCUGGACAGACAAUGGAGAAUUCUUUUUGGAUGCACACAGUCUGAGCACUCAAGGAGGGCCACCACUAAGAUUUACCAAAGGCAGUUCAUCUGUAGGGCAGUAAAUGCAGGUGAAUGUGUUGGUUCAGUUUAUAAUUCUAUAACAAAAUACCUGAGCAGAGAUGGGUAAUAUAUAGAUAAUAGAGAUUUCUUUAACUCACAGGUUUGAAGGUUAAAAAGCACAAUUCCAGCUUCCAGUGAGAACCUCAUGGUGGGUGGCAUCAGAUGGCAGGAGUGUGUGUGUGUGUGUGUGUGUGUGUGUGUGUGUGUGUGUGUGUGAGAGAGAGAGAGCUCUGGCAAGAUAGGAAACAAGAAACAAGGAGAGGAAAGCAUGCUUUGUUAAGAAAUAUAGCCACCAACUCUUUUUUUUUUUUUUUUUUUUUGGUACUGAGAAUUGAACUCACAACUUCUCAUUUGCCAAGCAGGCACUUAGACCGCUGAGCUAAACCUCUGGCCCCUAGUCACCCACUCUUGAAGGAGCUAAUCCCAUUCUUCGAGACCUUAGUUCACUCAUGAAAGUGGAGCCCUUAUAAUCUAAUUAUGUUUCAUUUGGCCCCACUUAUGGGUUACUAAACUGCCCGGCUGGCCUCAAACUUAUGAUCCGCCUGCCUCAGCCUCCAAGCCUCCCUGGGAUUAUAGGCGAGCAGCACCACACCCAACCAGGCCUCACCUCUGACAGGUUCCACCACCUCAGCAUCAUUACAAAGCUUCCAGCACAGGAACAGCUGGGAACAAACUAAUACAGAGCAUAGCAAUGAGAAUGUAAUUUGUGUUGAAGCCACUCUGCCACUCAUUUCUUCUUUAAACAGUCCACAGAAAUGCAGAAGUGACUCUGCAUAAGGGGUGAUAUUUUUGUUUACCAUGGAAGCCUCUGUAGUCCAUGGUUUAUCAUCUCAAACAUUGUAAACACAUAACUACUGCAUGGAGAGAAGGCCAGAGAGAUGAAUGGAUGGAUGAUGGACAAGGGAUGGUGCAAACUGCCUAGAAUACAUCAGUCAGGCAGCCUCCAUUUAACAAUUCCCACUGGGCACUUGCUAUGGGCCAAGCACUGCUCUCGAUGCUGGUGAAAUAGAAUCUCUCUGGUUACCAACCCAGGAAUCACUUGUGCUGCAAUGCCAUGAGCAGAUGUCUCUGUUUUCCUGCUGGGCUUACCUACUUCUCACCUGGGUAUCCAUCCUUAGGCAGACCUGAUGGCACCUCAAGGCACUCACCUUUUUAGUCUCGUGGGGACAAGCCAUCUGCCAGUCCACAGCCAUCUAGUCACUGUUGCUCAUUUUCCUUCAGAGGAACCUUAGUUAAUCAGGUCAAAUUUAUAAUGUUGCAUGGUUAAUCAACUUGAAAUUACAGUAAAAGGGAGGAGGUGGAAUAUUAAUCACUUUUCAAGGGCAUUAUCUGUCAUGCUUUUUAGAAAGUCAAACAAAUAAUGAUCAUGGACCUAUAAAACUGAGCUUCAGGCUCUGCAGGGUGCCAGUUCACCAAACAGGGUACUGGCUUCUUCAUUUAGCUAUUCUUGUUGAGACAAGAAAGCUGGUGAUUCAAACCAGGGGUGGUGACAUACAUGUUAUCCUAGCUACUUGGGAGCCUGAGGCAGGAGGUCAGCCUGAGCAAUUUAACAAGACCCUGUUUCAAAAUAUUUUUAAAAAGGGGCGGGGGCAUGGAGUUGUAACACAGUGAUAGAGCAUCUCUGGGUUCAAUCCCCAGCACAGGUGGGGUUAGCAGCAGGUGUUAGAAUGUGGGAUGAAGGAUGGUUUGCUUCUUAGAAGCACUGAUAACAUCAGUGCUUGUGGGUGUUAUUUCCCCACUCAUCACAUACAAUCAUUCUGCAUGAGCACAAAAACCUAGUCCAAUUUUUUUUAAUUAACUGAAGUGCUCACAUGUCUUCUCCACUAGCACAGUACUGGUAGUAUCUUUUUGUGUCAGACACUUGCAUAGUUCAUAGGACUGUCAGAAAGAUGAUCCAUAUCUACUGUGUCUGAGAAUGUGUGUCCCUGCAUGUACCCCUCCCAGCAUCAGUGCUGGUGAGAGGGAGGGAACAUGUAGUCAUCCUUGCAGGAAACAGCAAGCUCUGGGAAAACUGAGCUGCCUGCUGGUGGAAUCCAUUGCUUCCACUUAUAGCAGUCUGUCAGCUUCCAUCUGAAUGCUGCUUUGGGCUCUGGCCUAAUAAACAUGGAGUCUGCAUUUCUCAAGUCCAUUGCUGAGCCUCAUGGGUGACCGAGGAUUUCAAUGUUGCCACUCUACUGUCUUAGUGCAAGAAAUUGAUUGGGAAAUGGAAUUUAGAUGCCCUAAUGUUAACAUUCAGGAGCUUCUCAGCGUAACAGAACGACUGACAUCUCCAAGUUCUGAAAAUCCAGACCAUGUGGCAGCCACAUGUUCAAGGCGGAGUUUGCCCAAGGAGCAAGUGUCCUGACUUAAUCAAACUACUCUACACUCUUCCAUUGCCCCCUUGUCAUCUUUACAACGGAGACCACAGAUGCUGUUUGUGGAGAGUUUGGUUGAAUCAGUUAAUGCUUAGAAAGCACUCAGUGCGGUCCCUGCAGGUAGCACCUAUUACUGUUACCCGAACCUGGUAUGUGGGGCUGGGGGUUAGUAAAGAAAAGAGUGGUGCGGACUGAGCUUGAGCCAGGUGGUACUGGUGGGCACUAGGCUUGGGUGACAGCCCUCGCUAGGUCCUUCACUGUGUGAUAGUACCCCAAACAUUUCAAAAGAAGGGGCUCUGCAAGAAGGUUUCCCUGUAUAAAGUAGUUUGUGUUUGGGUGGUGGAGGGCUUACUUUGCUUACCAAAUUACCUUGUUUGGCAAUAAAGUUGACAUCUGAUGAUAA